AACAAAACGAACCGAAAACCAGAACUGUUCAAUGCGUUACUUAAUCUAAUCGGAUCGGAUGCCCACAGUGGGAUUUUUUCUUAUCUAUAGAUAGUUUGGGUCUCAACUCAAUGGGCAAUUUCUGCGUUUUUAAAAAGUUUAUUUUUUCCGGUGUGACAAAUGACUCACGUCGUUCAUUUGUAUGCAUUAAAAACCUGCAAAAAACAAUGAGUGGUAUGGUUUUGCUGGUGCAUAUUGAUUUAUUCGCCAUGUUUGGGAAAAAGAAAACUGCUUAAAAUGUUAUAACUAAAACUAGAAAGCCUAGUCACCAGGAACUUAAAAUUCACUAGUGAACAUUGGAGUAGGGCCGUUCAAAUAUACCCUGGAUGGUCCUAAGAGGAGGGUUUACCAGCAGGGAAACCCCUCAUUACCUCGGUCUAAAAUUCGUCGCCUCUCCAGCUGUUUUCCUAGUUUUGUGUAUACCAUUGUUUAGGAUCAGGUAGCCAGAUCCUCGUCGAGGGUUGAAAAGUGGCCGAGGUCUGGUGGUCCGUGGAAAUGCAUUUCAAACUCGUCCCCUGACUGGCUUCAAUCAACUUUAGGCUCAGUUGCUCGCCAGCAUCAGGUUCACAAUGACCUCCGACUCCACGCUGUACUUCACCGCCGUCGAGGAUAUGUUCAAGGAAGUGGUAACAAUAGAGGACGGGGACGAGGUUCCUGAGAACGAGGAGGCAUCCGAAACUCCGAAACGCUGUGUGAAGCUACGGCAGCAAAAGUUGUUUGCGAACGACUCCGGCAGUUUUGUGAUAAGUCGCCGAUCUCCAAAGAUUGAAUCCAACAGCCUCAAACUGAAUAUAUCGCCAGCAAGGCUGAAGGAGCUCCGCGGUGAGGAAAUCCUCCGCAUGCGCAAGGAUCGAGCGGAAAAGAAACCCCAGAGACGACUUACCUUGAGGAUUUAAUAUAACCUAACUACCUCAUAUUUCGUUCUGCAAUCCAAGUGCUUCCCCGUUGUAUGCUUUAUUUUAGGAGUUAUUUUUAAGUUGUUCCAAGUAUGCUAUGGUUAUUUACGAAUGGCAGACCGUGCAGAUCUAUGGUUCUGUGAUUUUACUGUUUCAUAUUCUGUGCCAUUAAUAAAAUAUACAAGAAAAAGCAAAACGAGUUUCUUCUCGGACUAUAAAUGAUUACUGAUCUGUUUUCAAAUAGGAACCAAUCACUUAGGAUCGACAUACGCAGAAAAGGAAAUACCACAAUAAUUAUCCUUGGUUACUCUAUUCAAUUUU